UUCAUAUAUUCUUUAUAUAAUGCACGAAUAAUAAAACAAGUUUGAAAUGUGUCCUGGUUCCUGGUUGAGUCCGUCCACUUGUUCUGCAGGUCAGCACACGUAAGAACUGUAACGCAGACGUGGUGGUCGUGUUCGGUCGUGGAGCGCGGUGCCGGAGCGCGUCCGACAUUUACGCAGCGUACGUGAAUGUUUUGGCGCAGCACGGGCCCAGGUGAAAGGAAGCGGUCCCACCGUGGACGAGUAGCCUCCAGACCGACAUAGCUAGAGUGAAUGGCACUGAGGAUAUCCGACGAAUGCUUUCAGAGCUUUUUAGUCAAGACCACCAACUGAAAAACACACGCCAGGUCUGUUUCCACCUACAUGUGGAGGAGCAUCAGGAGUUGAUUGAGAUACUUUAUCAUGAAGCCCAGAUUAAGUGUUGUCUGCUUAUCUAGAAAGUCUCAGUUUUUACCUUGAACUUCUGCACAGAAGAGGAUGAUGAAAUGAGAUAAAGUGGACGCCUGGAGGAGCCCAGCCCCCUCACCUCCACCUCUUUGAAGCAUGGCAGGCCUACAGCUUGUCACCCCUGCCACUUCACCCAUGGGGCCUUUCUUUGGUCUGCCGUGGCAGCAGGAGGCUAUCCAUGAUAACAUCUAUACGCCUAGGAAAUAUCAGGUAGAACUUCUUGAAGCAGCUCUUGAACAUAAUACUAUCGUCUGCUUGAAUACUGGCUCAGGGAAGACCUUUAUUGCAGUACUUCUAACAAAAGAGCUCUCCCACCAAAUCCGUGGACAUUACCAAGAAAAUGCGAAGAGGACUGUUUUUCUGGUGAACACAGCUCUGUCUGUAGUUCAGCAAGCAGCUGCAGUCAGGACUCACUCUGACCUCCAGGUGGGAGAGUACAUAGAUUUGGAGGAGACCUCCGCAUGGACUGACCAACAGUGGAGUCAAGAGAUAAUCGAGAAACAGGUGCUGGUCAUGACUUGCCACAUAUUCCUGUACAUUCUGAAGAAUAAAAUCUUACAAUUGUCUAAAAUCAACUUGGUGGUUUUCGAUGAUUGUCACCUGGCCAUCACUGACCACCCCUACUGUGAGAUAAUGAAGCUGUUUGAAGGAUGCUCGGGCAGUCCUCGUGUCCUCGGGCUCACAGCCUCCAUUCUGAACGGAAAGUGUGACCCAUCAGAAUUGGAGCAAAAGAUCCAGAAUUUGGAGAGAAUCCUGAGGAGCAAUGCUGAAACUGCCACUGACCUUGUGGUCCUGGACAGAUAUGCCUCUCAGCCAAGAGAAGUGGUGCUGGACUGUGGCCCGUACUCAGAUAAGAGUGGCCUCUCCACCCGUCUGCAGGUGGAGCUGGAAGAAGCUCUCCACUUCCUGAACGAUUGCAACAUAUCUGUUGCCAGAGAGGACCGUGAUCCCACAUUCAUCUCCAAACAGGUCCUGACGGACUGCUGGGCUGUGCUGCAGGUUCUGGGACCCUGGUGUGCAGAUAAGGCAGCAGGCAUCAUGGUGCGGGAGCUCCAAAAAUACAUUAAACACGAGCAGGAGGAGCUAAACCGCAAGUUCCUGCUCUUCACCGACACCAUCCUGCGCAAAGUGCACGCCCUCUGCGAGGAGCACUUCUCCCCCGCCUCACUGGACCUCAAGUUCGUCACUCCGAAGGUCCUCCGACUGCUCGAGAUCCUGCAUGAAUACAAGCCCUUUGAGCGGCAGCAGUUUGAAAGUGUGGAGUGGUACAACAACCGCAACCAAGACAACUAUGUGUCCUGGAGUGACUCCGAGGAUGAGGAUGAGGAUGAGGAGGUGGAGGCCAAAGAGAGGCCGGAAGCCAAUUUUCCCUCACCGUUCACCAACAUCCUGUGUGGGAUCAUCUUUGUGGAGAGGCGAUACACGGCGGUCGUCCUCAAUCGUUUGAUCAAAGAGGCGGGGAAACAGGACCCAGAACUUGCUUACAUCAGCAGCAACUUCAUCACCGGCCACAGCAUCGGCAAGAACCAGCCGCGUAACAAACAGAUGGAGGUGGAGUUCAGGAAACAAGAGGAGGUCCUUCGCAAAUUCCGGGCUCAUGAAACCAAUCUGCUGAUUGCCACCAGCAUUGUGGAGGAAGGUGUGGAUAUUCCAAAGUGUAACCUGGUGGUGCGGUUCGACUUGCCCACAGAGUACAGGUCCUACGUCCAGUCCAAAGGCAGAGCUCGGGCCCCUGUCUCCAACUACAUCAUGCUGGCUGACAGUGAGAGGACCAAAGCCUUCGAGGAAGAUCUCACCACCUACAAGGCCAUAGAGAAGAUCUUAAGGAACAAGUGCUCCAAGUCAGUGGAAGUGAGCGAGUUUGAAGUGGAGCAGGUGAUGGACGAUGACAACAUCCUCCCGCCCUACGUGCUGCGAUCUGAGGAUGGAGGUCCGAGGGUCACCAUCAACACAGCCAUCGGACACAUUAACAGGUAUUGUGCUCGGCUGCCUAGUGAUCCCUUUACCCACUUGGCACCAAAGUGCAGAACUGCUGAAACGCGUGAUGGACGCUUCCAGUCCACGCUCUACCUACCCAUCAACUCCCCUCUGCGAGUUCCUGUCAAGGGUCCGAUAAUGAACUGCACCAGACUGGCAGAGAAAGCAGUUGCAUUAGUAUGCUGUGAGAAACUCCACAAAAUAGGUGAGCUGGAUGAUCACCUGAUGCCGGUUGGGAAGGAGACAGUGAAGUAUGAGGAGGAGUUGGACCUUCAUGAUGAAGAGGAGACCAGUGUACCAGGCCGACCCGGCUCUACCAAGAGGAGGCAGUGCUACCCUAAAGCCAUACCAGAGUGUCUGCGGGACAGUUACGCUGUACCAGAGCAGACUUACUACCUAUAUGUGAUUGGGAUGGUUCUCACCACCCCUCUCCCUGAUGAACUCAACUUCCGCAGAAGGAAGCUCUACCCACCGGAGGACACCACCAGGUGCUUCGGCAUCCUGACUGCCAAACCCAUACCUCGAAUCCCACAUUUCCCGGUGUACACUCGCUCGGGUGAGGUGACCAUCUCCAUCGAGCUGCAGAAAUCUGACUUCACACUCAGCGCGGUGCAGCUCGACCUCAUCACCCGCCUACACCAGUACAUCUUCUCCCAUAUCCUCCGCCUGGAGAAACCUGCCCUGGAGUUCAAGCCCACACUGGCUGACUCAGCUUAUUGUGUUCUACCUCUGAAUGUUGUUGGAGACUCUGAUACACUAGAUAUGGACUUUAAGUUCAUGGAGGACAUCGAGAAGUCUGAGGCCCGCACCGGCAUUCCUACCACUCAGUACACCAAGCAGAACCCCUUCACCUUCAAGCUUGAGGAUUACCAGGAUGCUGUCAUCAUUCCAAGGUAUCGCAACUUCGACCAGCCUCAUCGCUUCUAUGUUGCUGACGUGUAUACAGACCUGACACCGCUCAGCAAGUUCCCAUCACCAGAGUAUGAGACAUUUGCAGAGUACUACAAAACCAAGUACAACCUGGACCUGUCCAACCUGAACCAGCCGCUUCUGGACGUAGACCACACCUCCUCCAGACUGAACCUGUUAACCCCUCGGCAUCUGAACCAGAAGGGCAAAGCCCUGCCCCUGAGCAGUGCAGAGAAGAGGAAGGCCAAGUGGGAGAGUCUGCAGAACAAACAGAUACUGGUUCCAGAGCUGUGUGCCAUCCACCCCAUCCCUGCCUCCCUGUGGAGGAAAGCAGUGUGUCUGCCCAGCAUCCUCUACCGCCUCCACUGCCUGCUGACGGCCGAGGAGCUCAGAGCCCAGACAGCCAGCGAAGCUGGAGUGGGAGCUCAGACCCUGCCCCCUGACUUCAGGUAUCCAAACCUGGACUUCGGUUGGAAGAGAUCCAUCGACAGCAAAACGUUCAUCUCCUGUCCUGAGUCCUGCUGCGAUGAUGGUGAGGGUCUCUGUAGGCACCAAGAGACUGUAACCCCUGAGCCCAGUUCUGUAACACCUCCCAGGAGUCACCACUCUCCCCUGCCUGAGCAGGGCCCCCUCACAGCCCUUGAGCCCGGAGAAGCCACCUGCACAAGGAACCUAAUAAAUGGCACUGCCCUACUCGCCAACUGUGACGAUGACGGCCACCAAGAUGAGCACCUUCACCAAUAUGUCAAUUGCCAAUGCUCCCAGCCCAGCUCUCCUGAGCUGCAGAGCCCUGAAUCAAUACAAACCACUACCUCAGUUCCUGUGCAGCCCUCUCACAGCUUGAAGAAGCCCAGCUCCAGUCCUCCGCAGCCUAGUGAUGAAUGUAGACCUGGGAGGACCUCAGACCACACCAAUAAAGCUACCUCAGUCUGCAGCAGCGCAGCAACGGGUUCCACUGCUCCCACUGCUCCCACAGCACCUUCUACAGACCUGGUCACUGUCCUCCAGCACAGAAGCCAGGCAGGAGACUCUCCCAAAAGCCUGGGGCCCAACCCAGGCCUCAUCCUACAGGCCUUGACUCUAUCUAACGCCAGCGACGGCUUUAACUUGGAGCGGCUGGAGAUGCUGGGAGACUCUUUCCUCAAGCAUGCUAUCACCACAUACUUGUUCUGCACUUACCCCGACGCCCACGAGGGACGGCUCAGCUACAUGCGCAGCAAGAAGGUGAGCAACUGUAACCUGUACCGUCUGGGGAAGAAGAAGGGGCUCCCCAGCAGGAUGGUGGUGUCCAUUUUCGACCCCCCUGUGAACUGGCUGCCUCCCGGCUACGUGGUCAACCAGGACAAGAGCAGCACAGACAAACUGGACUCAGAGGAGGCCAAAGAGGAGCUUCUCGCCAACGGGCAGUCUGGGAAUGACUAUGAUGAUGAUGACGAGGAGGUGGACGAGGUGGACGAGGUGGACGAGGAGGGUGAGCUGAUGCUGAAGGAUGAGCCAAAGGAUGAAGUCAACAUGGAAGAUGAUCUGGAGUAUUACAAGGAGCACAUCAAAUUCAUCGACAACAUGUUGUUGGGAUCUGGUGCCUUUGGUAAGAAGAUCUCUCUGAGCGGCUUCCCUCCCCCUCUCACCCCGACCUCUGGCCCCUCUCCCGCCAUGGAGUCCCCAUAUGAGUGGAAGGCCCCCAAGAAGCCCCUCCAUCCCACCACGGCCCACUACCCCUCGGAGCCUGCGCCGAGCGGGCCCUCUGCAGAGGAGUUUGAUUACAGCUCAUGGGAUGCCAUGUGCUACCUGGAUCCAAGCAAGGCAGGAGAGGAGGACGACUUUGUGGUGGGUUUUUGGAAUCCAUCGGAAGAGAACUGUGGCGCCGAGCUUGGCAAGCAGUCCAUCUCCUACGACUUGCACACAGAGCAGUGCAUCGCCGACAAGAGCAUUGCUGACUGUGUGGAGGCUCUGCUGGGCUGCUACCUGACCAGCUGUGGAGAGAGAGCUGCCCAGAUGUUCCUCUGCUCACUGGGCCUCAAGGUGUUACCAUUGGAGAGAGGGACCCUGACAGGAGCGGUGGUGCAGAGCCGUCAGACCACAACCAUCAACCUGUGCUAUGGCUGGCUGAAGAUCCCGCCACGCUGCAUGCUGGCUCAUCCAGACGCAGAGCGAACUCUAAAUCACCUCAUCUCCGGCUUUGAGAACUUUGAAAGAAAGAUCAACUACACCUUUCAGAACAAGGCUUACCUCCUGCAAGCCUUCACCCAUGCUUCCUACCAUUACAACACCAUCACAGAUUGUUACCAGCGGCUGGAGUUCCUUGGUGAUGCAAUUCUAGACUACCUCAUAACAAAGCACCUUUAUGAAGACCCGCGGCAGCACUCUCCUGGCGUGCUGACCGACCUGCGCUCAGCACUCGUCAACAACACCAUCUUUGCCUCUCUGGCCGUCAAGUACGACUACCACAAGUACUUCAAGGCCAUCUCACCCGAGCUUUUCCACGUCAUCGAUGACUUUGUGCAGUUCCAGUUGGAGAAGAACGAGAUGCAAGGCAUGGACUCUGAGCUGCGCCGCUCUGAAGAAGACGAGGAGAAGGAGGAGGACAUCGAGGUCCCUAAAGCUAUGGGAGAUAUCUUUGAGUCGCUAGCAGGAGCAAUUUACAUGGACAGCAGGAUGUCUUUGGAGACGGUGUGGCAAGUGUAUUACCCCAUGAUGAGGCCACUUAUAGAGAAAUUCUCUGCUAAUGUGCCACGCUCUCCUGUGAGGGAGCUGCUCGAGAUGGAACCAGAAACGGCCAAGUUCAGCCCGGCAGAACGAACGUAUGACGGGAAGGUCCGGGUGACGGUAGAGGUCGUCGGUAAAGGCAAGUUUAAAGGAGUUGGCCGCAGCUACCGGAUCGCCAAGUCUGCGGCAGCGCGACGAGCUCUGCGCAGCCUCAAAGCCAAUCAACCUCAGGUCCAAAACAACUGAGCUCAGCAUUAGCACCUAAGCUAUUGAUGCUAACGGAGAAAAAGCAGCAUCGGCUUCCCAACACAGCGCGAUGCUCGCCCUGUAUCUUCAGCCUGCGAUGGCACAACCAAGGCAGCCAGGGAACACUGUGUGGAGACGCAACAAAAGAAGCAGACUGAUCUCUCAACAGAUUUCACAUCGGAUCUUGUACCUUUUUUUUUUUCUUUUUUUUUUUUUGCGCAAACACAAUCUUUACUUUCCCUCUCUGCUUUGUGUAAUCACAUGAGUGCUUUAUUAACGUUUAGCAAAGUGUUUUUAAAAAAAAAAAAAAAGGUCAGGUCGCAAUGUCUAUUCCUCACUGUUUGAUUUGUGUUUGUUUGGUUAACCUCCAUGUCAGUGAGAUGAGGCUUAUGCUUAUUGUGUAGUAUUAGACUGUACAUAGUUCAAUCAAAGGUGUAAAUCAAAGUAUGUAGUAGGAAGAAAAAAAACGCUAAACUCCUCAGCCUGUGCACUAGUGCCAGUCAGUUUUAAAGCGGUUUUAAAACGCUAACGGCAGACAUGGCUAACAGAUACCACUGGAGCAAACACCUGGUGGCACUUCUGUCUGAAAUCUGUCUUGAAAUGGUAUUCUUAAUCAUUUUUGCACUUAUUACAUUAGGGUCUGUUACUUUGAGAAUUGUGUGGUCACAUUGACACCAAAAUCAUAUACGUAGCAAAAAAUAUAAAUAUAUAUAAAAAUGAUAUUCUUGGCCUUAGAUGCGAAGGCUCACCCUCAUAUCCUGCGAGAUGGGUAGGAAUUUCAACAUUCCCAGUUACUGUAAUUUAAACUAGUUUUUAACCGCACUUGAGGUUGCAUGUUCUUGUAGCUUAUGUAUAAACCAUGACAACUGGAUGGCUUCUAUAAAUGUUCUAAAUCUAUGGAUAUAUCUAGAGUGUGUGAGCGCGAGAUUAGAUGUUUAUGGCAUUAUCUUGAUGAUUUGGUUUAAAAUGUUUUGAUACCAAGAAUGGAUGGAAUUGAAUUAGUCAUUCUUGCGCACUAUAUGUCUUUCCACAGAGCGAAUCAUCCAGUUUUGAUAUAAGAAGAGAAAGACAUAUCACACAUUCAGUAUGCUGCAGACUUUUCUACAAAUUGGAUACUUGUGUAAGACACACAAUCUUUUCAAAUACAGUCUUUGUGGAAAAAGGCCAAUUCAUUUCAACACACUAGUGUUCCUCACAUCCCGAACCUACCAAAGCUGAAACAGAUGUGACACUAUGAGGUUGAAGUUGAUUCCUAGGGAAAAGGAUACCAGCCUUUUUUUUUUCUUCUUUUUUUUUUUGUUUCUGUUCCGACAAAUUUUGCUUCUCGCUAAAUGUCUUUUUGUUUUUUUUUCUCAUCAGUAAGCCCUUUUUCACUUGAAUACCUCAGUUAAUUGCAUGCAUUUUCUUUUCUUUUUUUUUUCUUUUUUGUUUGGUGCUAUGUUUUUGUAUUAAGCUUGAAUUUCUCAUCUUUUUUGCACUGUAACUAUAAUACCUCUUUAUUUGACCUUUUUUUUUUUUUUUUUGAAAUCUGUUUGAUUUGGUUGUCCCGUUCGUCAGCCAUCAAGCUGCAGAGGAGAGCUGCGUUGUCGUCUUUUCCCCCUCCCAUACUUGAGGUUGAUGAUUUGUUAUUUUAUUUUUGGGGUUGGAGGGGGGUCAGGCAGAUGUUCUCUGCACAUAAGCCUAACUGUUUUUUUUUUCCACAUUGAUUAGCGAUUAAUUUGAACAGCUAAGAAUCUGUUUUUGAGUUCUUGGCCAAACAAACAGGACUGAUCGAUCAGAUGAGUUGAUGCUUGUAGAGUUAAUCAGAUUGCACUCUCAGACUUUCGCUGACAUUUUCUUCUCACCAUAGAAGGAGGGAAAAAUACUUGACUUCUCCACAACUUUGUUCAUAAAUGAGGGUUGGAUGAGACGUGUGGUUUCUGAAGUGUAAUGUAAUCCAGCCACAGGUGCUUCUACCUCACAGACAGUGUUAAAGACUGCAAAUCAAAUGGAAACAGCUCUAAUAAAGAGACAAUACUGUAAUCUAAACAACAUACAGAUAUCUGCUUCACUGAGUCCACAUUCCCUCAGUGAUUUGUCAUCUGAAGAGAAACCAACAUCUUCCCUGCUGGACAUCAGUGUCUGCACAGACCGAUUUAAAUUCAGUCAUAGAGGGGAAAUUGUUUCAUUUGUAUAAUUCUAAUCAAAGAAACAUCCAGUAAAGUGAUGAGUGGAUCUUGUGUCUUCAACUAGAGAUUUGAAACCAGAGACAGCUGAUGCCGUCUGCCUCCUGCAGUUUUGUAAAUCAGCCUACAAUCUGUACAGAUCGGUGAUGUCACCUGUUGAACCCACACAGCUGCUGGAGGCCACCCGGCUCCUGAAACCGCUCUUGAGUAGGAAAAAGUAGUUACAGUGAAUGUUUCUGUUGCUUUGUUCAACACGGGCAAAGUGAGCAGAUGCCUGCCCGAGGGCUCCUGGGCUCACCAUGUAGCAGCAGGUUGGUGAUCAAUGGCAAAUUCAUUUCAUAAUGCGUCAAUAAAGCACACCCCACGGUGUAACACCUGGAUUACUUCUGUCAGGUCGACCUGAGCAGAAAUCAAUUUGUGAGGACGUCACUUAAAGGAACAGUUCACCUAAAAAUCAGAACCAUGUGAAUCCCACAGUGUGAAUUAAUGAAAUAUUUAGGCUCUCACUCUGAAAGUGAAACAAGAACAUCUGUGAACAACCUGUCAGUGUUAGAGAGAGUGCAACCUGUCAUUACUUCUCAAGCAGCUGUCUGACCCGCUUACACCUGGGCUGUCAGACACACACACACAUGCACACACGGCUCAACACACUAAUUGUGUGUAAGUCUCCAGGGGGGAGGAGGUGGAGAUUACUAAUAAGAAUGUGAAAUCAGUCAUACGGUGCCAUGCCCACUCUUAUUUUUGUUGGUGACUGAUGAAAAUAAGAAUCUCAAAUGAUCUUGUCAACCACAAGUGGCAUCAACAUCAGCGACCUUGUAUGUUUGUGUCUUUAGUUUUGGUCUGUAGCUGAGGAGGGAGGUGUGUGUGGGAGUGCUGAAGUUGAGGAAGUCCUUUGUUUGUCAAAGCGGACUAAGUUUUCUUGUACUCUCAUUUUUUUUUUGUUUUGUUUCUUUUUGUACAUGUAGCACAAUUGAGCAUUGCACUUGGGCGCCAUACUUUACCUCAUGUCAGAGUAUGAAAGGGAGCGUAAGAUGGAGGACAGAAGAAGUGUAUAUAUGAUGCCGUAACGUUAAAAGGACUAACUUGUGGUUCAGGCUUUGCUGCUGAUUCAGUUGCCGGUAUUAUACAAACCUAUUUUAAAGGAGAAUGAGGGGCUCUGGGAGGGAGACGGAAUGUGCCUGCAAGUCAUCGUCUGACAAAUACACUGUAAAAAAAAAAAAAGAACCUCUGCAAUUUGGGCCCAAAAUGUCUGGACGUUGCGUAGACGGAUGUCCUGCCUUAAACAUGUGUUUGGAAAUGAAAGGAGAGUCAAAGUACCGGGUCCAGGCGUGAUGUGAAUGAGACGCCUGGUUUAAUUCUGUCCUGACUACUCUGAUGUGGACGUGUCACUCCCAAACGAUGCUCCAGCCUCAUUUCUAUUCCGGCGCUGUUCAUUUGGAAUAUGAGAGGAAAACCUCCCGCAGCCCUUUAUUUAGAACUUAAAGGAAAAAUCCACUCAAACAUGCUCCUGAUCUCCACACCGACUGUCAUCAGGAGGUGUAGCAGCGCGUCUGUUCUGGGCCAGUCUGUAGAGUGGGGCUGUCACUGUGUGUGUGUGUGUGUGUGUGUGUGUGUGUGUGUGUGUGUGUGUGUGUGUGUGUGUGAGAGAUACUAUGUUCAGAUUGAAACUUCUCAGCAGAGUGAUUGACACUUGAUUGUGGUUCUGAUGCUGUUCAGGUCAUUGUGGAUCUCAGCAUAUCAGCAGAUAAACAUUAUCUUUAGUUCUUAUAAGAUGCAUGUUGAAUUAA